ACUCACAACAGACAACAGGAGGGGAAGAAGGGAGAUUUUCAGUCAGAUGGCUUGAUCGAGUUUCGAAACAAAAACAUUAGAACUGUUGUUCUUUAAGUUCUUUAUCCCUUACCUUCUUUGAAGUAUGUUUCAUUCUACCUCUAAAACCAUGCUGGACACUAUUCGAGAAGCUAAACUUCAAAGUCCUUUCAUUCUAUUUGUAGGUCACACUACUGAGCCUCCAGCAUCAAGAACUUAUGUAUGCGACUCAUUUCAUCCCCUACCAGACUGCACUGACCAGAAUGGAUCAACGCUAUUUCUGUCCCUAGUGAAAUCAUAUGUCAUAUCAUCUGAGCAUCCUACUCAUGUUCUUUGUUGGGAAAGAAAAACAUUGCGUCAAUUACAACCCUUGGAGAUGCAAACGCCAAAUUUGUGUGUUCAUGAUUGCCUUGCCGAUUUCCACGGCUGGAUUAAUCCUGAUCAAAGGCAAAAUGGAUUCAUCAGCACCAUUUGUAAAAAGUUACCAGCCAACUGCAAGGAAAUAAAUCUAGUUAUUGAUUCACUGUCAAACCCGUUCUUUACUAUUGGCCUUGGGGUUUGCUUACAAGAAUUACAGCAGAUAAUUAAUUCUUGUAUAGAUAACAGUCCUAAAAUUAAUCAGCUGCUUUGUUUUGUACAUGGGGAUAUGAUUCCUUGUGGCGCUUCAUCAAUUUCACAUGUCAAACACCUAGCUAGCACAGUGGUAGAUUUAAAUAAUCAAAUAGCUCGCAUAACUCAUCGGAAACCUGGUGGUCACGUUGAAAGAAAAGAAGAGCAAUUUAUGUUGUUAUCAAAUGGUCAAUUCCACACACAGCCAAUUGUUGGAACUGGCAAAGGUAUGGGUUCACCCAAUACUACCCUGCCACAAGAUGUGGCCAGUUUUCGUGUCAGUCUUAGUGACAAGGAGAAAGAGGAUAGGAACAAGCUUAUUCUUCCCUACAUGCGUACUGUUGACAACCCACCAGAAGAGGGAGGAGGAAAGGUAUUUUAUCAGCCUGAUGCCGUUGAUGACUGGGAUGAUGAAGACCCGGAUGAUGAUUUGGAUAUUUAGAGUGACAUUUGAGGUAAUAAACAAUAAACGCCAUCAGACAAACAAUCAAAAA